CACCUGCUCGCUUGAUAAAUGUGGCGUAUAAAAGCCUCCUCGCCGGUGCCAAGCGCAUACAGUAAACGAAAGUAUUUCCAAACGAAAACUCGACAAAGCAAGAGAGCAGAAAAAGUGGCGAAAAUGCAACGCUUCCUCAUCACCCUGGCGCUGGUUUGUAGUUUCAGCUGCAGCUGGGCCUUGAAACCGGCUAAUGCGCCCGCCGCUGGUGCACCAGUGCCACCACCAGCAACGCUUACGCAGGAUCUCGAAGAGUUGUAUCGUCUUAUACCCGCCAAACCUAUUAAUAAACUGGUCAUACGUUAUCUACUCAACGAUGCUGAAUUUCAAGCCGCUAUACGUAUUAUUAAUUCACACGAUGCUUACAUGGUACGCAUGCGUCUCUACGCACAACCGGAGAUCAUACAAUUCCUGUCUUGGGUACGCUCCCAGCUGUUGUUGUCCGGUGGCGGCUCAUUGGAGUUUGAAGAAUCUGAGGAGAUUUUGAGUCUAUUCAGACCCACACCCUAUUGGUCGGUAUAUGGUUGGCAGGGUUUCUUCAAUGAAUUUCUCGCCUAUUUCCCACACGAGAUGUUACGCGCCCAAAUCGAUGCUAAGGUAAUACAAGGUGGCAGUCUCGCUCAAUUUUGGACUAAAUUGAAGGCUUUAGCGCCGGUUUAUGAACGUGUAUUGGCUUUCCCAGAAUCGAAACGUAUCGUUGCACAACUCGAACAAAAUGGUGUGAAUGUUGCCCAAGUCGAUCAGUUCAUUCGUUCGUUGUUUGAUUGGUAUCAAUUAGGCGUGACUGCUCCAGGUGAUGGUGCUGUUAGUGCGCCGGCUGCUGCAGCAGUUCCCAAUGCAGUUGUGGUUUAAUUGUGGAAAAGUUGUUGGCUGACUUUCGGUGUGGAAAACAAAUGAAUUUGGGUAAACGAUAAACGGUAAACGUAAUACCGUUUUGUUCACGAAUCGAAGUGAUUGUGUAUAGAUAUUAAAAACAAAAAUUUAACGAAUUUAAAUAAACUUCAAAUAAAAGUAAAACUGA